UUUAAACUAAAAUGUUCAUAGACAAAUACAGAAUAGUGCAUUCCAGACAUAUACAUGGUAGUUAUAUUAAUGGUGCUUCGUUUACGCUGAAACACGAGCCAAAAUGUAUCGCCUAAGUUUAUUGCUUGUAGGCGCAUGCGCCCUAGCGGCUGCAUCUCGCAUCAACAAUAUGGGCAAGCCUACCUAUCCCCUAGAAGAAGCUGAAAUGCAUUUUGAAGCAUUCAUUGAGAACUUCAACCGAAGCUAUUCAUCAGAAGCUGAGAAGAAAUCAAGGUUCGAAAUAUUCAAGAAAAACUUAGAAGACAUUAAUCGCAAAAAUAUGAAUCCCGAGGAAAAUGCCGUAUUUGAUAUCACAAUGUUCGCUGACCUGUCGGUACAAGAGUUCAUACAACAGUACACUGGACUUGGCACCUCGCUGCACGUGCCUGGUCACAGAGUAAACGUGUCAGGACCUGUAACAAAAGAUCCGCCUGAAAAUUUUGAUUGGAGAGAUCACAAUGCAGUUACACCGGUUAAAAAUCAAGAAAACUGUGUAGCUUCUUGGGCUUUUAGUGUUACAGGAACGAUAGAGGGUGCGUACGCCAGGAAACAUUCAUCGUUGAUUGCAGUAUCUGCACAACAACUGGUUGACUGUGAUUACGGCAAUGAUGGAUGCCGCGGAGGCUACACGACUGAUGCAUUACAUUACUUACAAAAUGCUGGUGGAAUUGAAAGCGAAGAGUCUUAUCCCUACAUAGCAGAUGAGGAAUCGUGCAAGUUUGAUCCUAAAAAAAUAGCAGUUAAAAUCACUGGCCAGAAAAAAUAUGAUUUAUUUAGCUUAAUGGAUGAAGAAGAUUUGCGCCAGAUCUUGAUUUCUGACGGACCAAUGUCUAUAGUUGUAGAUGGCUCCUCUAUGCAGCUGUAUGAUGGGGGAAUAUUACAUUAUUGUAAUCACAUCAAUUUAAACUCUCAAGUUUUAUUAGUUGGAUAUGGAAAAAAUAAAAUUCCUUACUGGACAAUUAAGAACUCGUGGGGCUCAAGUUGGGGAGAAGAAGGUUAUAUAAGAGUCAAGCGGGGAAAAAAUCCCUGCGGCUUAUUUAAUAGGCUCGCAGUGACUGCUAUUGUGGAUUGAAAAAAUACAUAUAUUGUAGCUAUAUUAUGUAUAUGUAUACGAUCAUUUCAUGAAAUGGUCAUAUUUUAUAAUGUCACUCGUUGGCCACAUCAUGAUGUAUUUUGGCCAGAUCAAUGAACACAAAACGUUUAACGAUAUGAGCAACUAAAUACAUGAUUACUUCGUGAUAUAGCCAAACAUUGGCAAUCAUAUCGUAAAAUUUGUAACAAUAUCCACCGGUAGUGGCGCUGAUGUCGAUUAUAUUUAAAACUUGAUUAAUAUUAUAAUCAAUGAAUCAAUGUAACUUAAUCGACUAUUAGAUAUUAAUGAUAUGGCCAAACGUUGAUUUCAAUCAAUAAACGUUGAGGUUUCAAUGAUAUGGUCAACUUAAGUUGGCUAUUUCAUGAAUAAAUAUGAUCUUAUCAUGAAAUGGUCGAAAAAAUUUUGAAAUGAUCAAUUCUAAGUACUGUCCACGAAAUAUAAUAUAUUGUUAUACCGACAUGAUAUAAUGAAAUAAAAACUAUGCAAUGUACUUAUUUA